AUGGAGCGAUUUUCAGAACAAACGUUCUCGGUCAAAGGCGAAGUGGUCAAACCGAAGGAAAGUGCGAAAAUCCUAGGUGUCGUGAUGGAUCGCGAACUCCGCUACAAGCAGCACAUUGCUAGGACGGCAGCUAAGGGCCUCGCAGCCGCUCUGGCCCUGAAGAGGCUGAAGAUGCUUUCCCCGCGGACAGCGAGACAGCUAUUUGUUGCGACAGUAGCCCCGGUCAUGGACUACGCUGCCAAUGUCUGGAUGCAUGCGUGCGGGGAAAAAGCACUGAGCUGGCUGAACAGGGCGCAGAAGAUCGGGGCCCUGGCCAUCACGGGAGCCUUUCGAACCGCGGCAACAGCCGUGGUGGAAGCUGAAGCGAGCAUCUACCCUGUACGAGAACGACACGUCCAGGCGGCAGCCAGUCUGUGGAUCAACAUCCACACGCUGCCCGGAACGCAUCCCCUUGCCAUGAAGAAAGUCCGGACCACCGUACGAUUCGUAUCUCCGCUGCAGAAAAUUGCCCGCGUGGCUGAAGGAGUACGAGUUGACCGGAUGGAGACAAUCCAGGAAUACGCCGUCCCGCCCUGGGUACCUCGCCUACGACCGACGCUCGAAGCCGAUCGAGGGAAGGCGGCCGAGAUGGUCAACAAAAUCUCGGGAAUCGUGAUCGCAACCAGCUCAUCCCCGCGGCAGCAAUCCGGCCAAAGCAUCAUACGGCAAAUUUACGACUUGGCCAGGCUGCACCGACAAAGAGGGAACUCGGUCAACUUUCUGUGGAUACCAGCGGAGAUUGACUUCGCGCUGGGGUCAGAUGCCAAGGCAGCAGCCCAGAGAGCGUCGAAGCAAGGACGCACACCCGACUCCCAAAUACCCCAGGCCAAGUCUACCGCGAUGAGGCUGGCAAUGGAAAGACAACGGGCGACAAGAGUUCUACCUGUAGGCGUGGCUGAAGCGAAGGGAGGCCUGCGUAUUGGCGCAGCUCCGAACCGGAAUGGCGAGACUGAACGGUUUUUUGAGCAGGAUUGGGGCGGUCGAGUCAGACCUUUGUGCCUGUGGACAAGCGAGGGAAUCAGUGGAACACUUUCUUUUCCGAUGCGUGAGAUGGACAGCUCUGAGGGAAGACAUGCUGCAAUGCACAGUGGCAAGACGAGGAAGCCUCUCGUUCUAUCUGGGAGGGAAAGCGCCAUCAGAUACAAGGCAUUGGUCACCAGAUAUGAAGGCAGUCCGGGCGACGAUCAAAUACGCAAUGGCAACAGGAAGGCUGGAGCUGAAUGA